AUGAGUAGUGUAUAUUCUUCUUCUUCUUCCACUACUGGUAAUGAGUACUAUGAAUUUGGGGAAAGGUUCCCAAUUCUCCAUUGUAGAUGUGGUUACCAGCUCAAGAUUCGAACUUCAUGGACUAAUGAGAAUCCAGGUCGAAGAUUUUGGCAGUGCUCCGGUGGUGGUAGUCACAGGCAGGUUGGGUGUGGAUUUGUGGAUUGGUAUGAUCCUCCAAUGUGCUACCGUUCGAAGCAAAUAAUUCUGGGAUUGCUUAAACACAUAAAUAGGCUAGAGGAAGAUAUAAGAAUACUGCAUAUGAAGAAGAUUGAAGGUGACAAGAAGGAGGCUGGAAAUGUGUUUAAGAAGAUUGUAGGAAUAAUGCUUUUAAUUUUUGUAUGUUAUAUUGGUAUUAAGUAUUGUGGGCUUGUGGCAGUUAUAUCUGAAAUGGCCUUUGAAUUGUAG